CACCUUCAAGACAAUCAGACACCAGCAAACAAGCCUUCCAACCCCCCAACAUCCCCACCACCUUCACAAUGGCCUACACCAACGGUUUCGAACAGUCAAUACCUCACCAGCAGGAAAAGAACCUGCCCGGCGGCGGCAAUUGGGUCGUGCAAAAGUUUGGCGGUACCAGCGUCGGCAAGUUUGCUGUCGACAUUGCCCAGGACAUUGUCAUUGCCAGCCUCAAGGAGCACCGCACCGCCAUCGUCUGCUCUGCGCGUAGCACCUACACCAAGAGCGAGGGCACCACCAAUCGCCUACUUCGCGCUGCCCGCGAGGCCGAACGCAUUGGCUCGCGCAAAUAUGUCGACAUAGUCGAUGUUAUCCGCGUCGACCAUAUCGUCGUUGCAAAGGAUACCAUCUCUUCUGCAGAGAUCCUGGAAACCUACUCGGAAUCUGUUAAUGCCGAGUGCGACAGCCUGAUCAAGAUCCUCGAGUCCGCCCAGCACUUGACCGAGGUCAGCAAGCGUACCGAGGACAAGAUUGUCGCUAAGGGCGAGAAGCUGUCUUGUCUGUACAUGACUGCCGUCUUGCAGGAUCGCGGCUGCAAUGCUCAAUACGUCGACCUGAGCAAUGUCAUCGACUUCCCAGUUGGCGAACGUAUUGACGACAGCUUCUACCGCAGCCUGGCUGGCUCCCUCGCAAAGGCCGUACACGCCUGCGGCGACGCCGUUCCUGUUAUUACUGGCUACUUCGGUGACGUCCCUGGCGGUCUUCUUACUCAAAUCGGUCGUGGAUACACUGACCUCUGCGCCGCUCUCGUUGCUGUCGGCAUUGGUGCCUCGGAACUGCAGAUCUGGAAGGAGGUUGAUGGCAUCUUUACUGCAGACCCCCGCAAAGUGCCCACUGCUCGCCUGUUGCCCUCGGUCACACCCUCCGAGGCUGCCGAAUUGACCUUCUAUGGGUCCGAAGUCAUUCACCCCUUCACCAUGGACCAGGUCAUCAAAGCCAGCAUUCCCAUUCGCAUCAAGAAUGUCAAGAACCCCCGCAACCAGGGCACCAUCAUCUGGCCCGAUCAAGCUGACGAUCUGGAGGAGAAGAAGCCUUCUCUUUUCCGCAACCGCAGCCUGGUCAGCCUCAGCACUCACGAUGGUCCCAAGCGUCCCACCGCUGUCACCAUCAAGCGCGGUAUUACCGUGCUUAACGUCCACUCCAAGAAGCGUACUCGUGCCCACGGCUUCCUCAUGUCCAUCUUUUCUGUUCUUGACAAGUGGCACCUGUCUGUUGACCUCAUAUCCUCCUCCGAGGUCCACGUCUCCAUGGCCUUGCACUCUGAGGUCGCUCUCUUGUCUGGCGCCGGCCCUGAUUCUGAGGAGAUCCAGAUCGAGUCUGCUGCCCUCAAGGGUGCUGUUGACGACCUCAGCGUCUGGGGUGAUAUCGACCUUGUCCCUGGCUUGGCCGUCAUUAGUCUUGUCGGCCGCCAGCUGCGUAGUAUGGUUGGUAUUAGCGGUCGCUUCUUCAGCGUCCUUGGGGAAAAUGGCAUCAACAUUGAGAUGAUCUCUCAGGGUGCCAGCGAGAUCAACAUUUCAUGUGUGAUCGAAGAGGCAGAGGCCAACAGAGCCCUCAACGUCGUUCACACCAACCUUUUCACUUUCCUCGAUUGAUUUUAGCGUUUGCAUAGCGUUUGCAGUUGGAUUUCUCCAACAGGACGAAAAGAGCGAAGGGAUUUCAAAAGUUUCGAAGCAUUGUCAUGAACCCAUUUUGCUUGCGUAGACCUGUAUAGAUGAGCAACCGAGCUAUGUCUCUUCUUCUUUAA